AUGUUUAAGGUUGAAAAAUAUGUCGUUGUUACAGCAAUCAUCAUUGUGACAACCCUCUUGAUCAUCUAUAGUUCUAGCAGUGGCAACAGCUCGUUGGGUUACAAAAGUGGCUUCAUCUACCACGUUGUGAAUCGGGCGCCACUAAAUUUAAAGAAAUGGGUCACAAAAGAUGGUUACUUACCAGUUGUUGGGAACAAGACCAUGAGCCUCCACUGCAGGCAGUGUGCCCUUGUCACAAGUUCCAGCCACUUACUGGGCAGUGAGCUGGGCUCACAAAUCGACCAGACUGAGUGCACCAUCCGCAUGAACGAUGCACCGACGACCGGCUACGAGGCAGACGUCGGGAGUAAGACUACGCUGCGAGUCAUUGCCCAUUCCAGUGUUUACCGGGUGAUAAGGAAACCUCAGGAGUUCCUGAACAAGAGCCAGGGGACGGUCUGUAUUUUCUGGGGACCCCCACAGAAGAUGCAGAAGAACAGCCGAGGGGGCCUGUACCGACUGAUUCACCACGUGGGCCUGGCGUUCUCCAAGCUAUCUGCUUUUGUUAUUGCUCCGAAAAGGAUGCAGCAGUUUGAUGACUUAUUUCAGAGGGAAACUGGGAGAGACAGGAAGAAAUCCCAUUCCUGGUUGAGUACAGGCUGGUUCACUAUGGUGAUAGCCAUUGAACUCUGUGACAAUGUCCAAGUAUAUGGAAUGGCACCACCUAAUCACUGCAGGGAAACUCAGCCCAAGCGGAUGCCUUAUCACUAUUAUGAGCCGAAAGGUCCCGAUGAAUGUCGGACCUUCAUUGGGAAUGAGCGAGCCAAGAAGGGGAACCACCAUCGUUUCAUCACCGAGAAGGAUGUGUUUGCUGAAUGGGCACAGCUUUACAACAUUUCCUUCCUGCAGCCCAGCUGGUGAUGAGGGUGAUAACACACUGCAGUCUGCCUGCCCUCUCCAUCCUGCUACUUCAGGUCCAUACCAGGGAAACCGAAUCCAUUCUGGUGUCAAGGAAAGGCUGGAACUAAAGUCCUUCACUGACGGGUGCUCAGGGAAUCGCAGGGCUGUCGGGGAAUGGGGGUUGGAGUAAUGAUGGAUCAGGGCAACAGGAUUCCAAGUGCAGUGGGUAGAUGGUGCAGUUGUCCCUCUUUGGACACUUACUGCUGUCAGAUAUACUGUGGAGCAGAUUCAUUCAACCACUCUGAUUAUGAGAGAAACCCACCAUGUGACCCUAAUUGUACAGAGGUGUUUCUGUGUAUGAUUUGAUUCAUGCAAUGCAACACAAAUUCCUGUUUAAAAUAUUUUAAUGCCCUCUGUGUUAGCGCUGAAGAAUCGAGCCACCCAAUAAUGACGACUGUGCAGAAUGGAGCAUUGUGCUUGAUUUCAGACAAACCACCUUUAAAAACUUCUUCAAUUUUCAAAGUUUUGUAUCAUCUCACACAAUUAAUUAAUGGAAGAUGCGUCUGUUCUUCACCUAUCUUCCCGAUCCCUUCAAGAACACCCACGUCUGCAAAAGAUUGGGGUACCAUGCUGUCUGAUAACUUUGCUCAAAGGGCUGGGGCAGCUUUGUGUUCUUACUGUUGUUCAGUGACUGAAAUCGGGGGAUUAUAUUUUGAGCUGCUGUACCUAGUGGAUGUCAAGGUCUCCAGAAUUUAAUCUGUUAAGAAGACUGUUGUUUCAAGAGGGACAAGGCUCCACUGCUUUACCUUUCCUGUACUCAGCCUGAGCUUUCACUGAUAUUUAAUAUGGUGGGUGUGGUUCGGAAUAUACUAUACAUACAAGAAAAUGAAUUUCGCCUGACUGGUUCGAAUCUCUGAACACUGCCACUUUGAUAUUACAACCCAAAUGAAUCCCACACACAGUAUCUCAUUGAUUUCAUUGUGAGUAAUAUGCUCAAGAUCACUCUGUGACUGUAAUGAGCAACUCCAGUUGGACCAAGCCAUUUGAAAGUUGUCUUGACUUGUGAUUGUAAUCAUUUCCUCCUUGUAGUUUGAUGAGAUGGUUAUUGAGAAUGGUCAAUUGGAGCCUGACCCAGGAGACUGACCCAGGAUGGACAAUCAGUCCAUUGGAGACUGACCCAGGAAACUGACCCAGGAGACUGACCCAGGAUGGACAAUCAGUCCAUUGGAGACUGACCAGGAGACUGACCCAGGAUGAACAAUCAGUCCAUUGGAGACUGACCCAGGAGACUGACCCAGGAUGGACAAUCAGCUUCUUAUGACGUGAGCUGCAUCUGGGCGCUUUUUGUUACCCAUCAGGCAUUGCUGCCUUGUUCAGUUUCCUGUUGGGCUGACUGCUCAUACUUAAAAUGUAAACCUCGCCAUCAUAGGUGACUGUUUUGAAACAGAAACCCUUUUCUCUAUUUCAAGAAUUUUUGCAGCAAAGGCAAAGUUCAGAACUUGACCCUCAUCCUCUCUCCUCUGAUCAACUCUGAACUUGGUGAAAGAUUUAGUGAACUUGCCUGAUUUAUUUCCACUUGGUGGGCACUGGUGAUAUGGAUUCAUGUAAAUCUUUGCAAGUUGUUAAUAUUCUUCCCUCUUUUUUCCUAUCCCUAUCACAUUGCUUUGUAAUUCAGCCUCGACUUGUUCACAGUACUGUCCAUUUGAGUGUCCCAAGAUCAGGUGUAUCACGGACUGGGUGCACAGCAGGACCUCUUCCCAAAUAAUGUGCCUUAAUCCCUGAUCCUGAAGACUAUAUUGUGCUGCCCUUGUGACGUCUUUGACACUAGAUUUUCCUGACUCUUCCAGUGAUUGCUUCAUUGUGCUGUAGACUCCAACCAUUGGGAACCAUGUGCUUGAACUUAACAUCAGCUGUGGGUUUGUAUUCAUGGGUCCCACACUCCAUUAACAUUAGACUCUCAGAAGUGACUGACACUGACCCUCAUAUAAGUUUAGACCUGCUCCCAGAGAAUCGCACAACACACUCCCCAUCCCCUGAACAAUCUAGUCAGUUCUUGGUGCUCUGUAACUUCUCUAGUUAUCUUACGAACCACUUUUACCUGUCCUACAGUUCCUCCUAAUUCAUUUUGCACCUUACAUUUUUCUAGUGUAUGUAUAUUGUUGGUGAUUACAGAUGCAGAAGAGCCUGGAUAACAGACACAAGAUUGGAAAAGGCAAAGACCGAGUUGGGAAGCAGCAUCAGGGUAUGUAGGACAGAAGAGGGCAGAUCCGUCAAACAGUUGACCCACCUUCUGGGGUGGAAGAAGGUCUAUCUACAUUGCAGAUUGUUGCCUGGGAAACACAGACACCUGUUUUAGGAAACAUAGGAUUUUCCAGUAUGAAAUUGAGCACAUGUAAUGCACUGACUGAAAGAUGGUUGGGGUAUAUAAUCAGUGAAGGAAGGAGAGGGGUCUAUUUUUAUGCAUGGUCCAGUGAGUUGAAUGAACAGAGAUGUUGGUGAACAGAAGCUUGUUGUCAUUGACUAAGCCAAAGAUAAUGCAAAUGCUUUCUGUUCUGGAGUAAAAAACACAAAUCUGGUAAAAUAUCAGAAUGGAGAAAGUUUAUAAUAUAAUGAAAGUACAGAUCGAAUUAGUGGUAGUUGUCUUUUCCCUAGGAAUGGAGAUGCCCAGACUAGGGGGCACAUUUUUAAGGUGAGAGGGAAGAGAUUUAAAAAAAACAUGAGGGGCAACUCUUUUACACAGAUGGUUGUUCACAUGUGGAAUGAACUUCCUGAAGAAGUGGUGCAUCUGGGUACAGUUUAAGAGACAUUUGGAUAAGUACAUAAAUAGGAAAGAUUUGGAAGAUAUGGGGCAGGAGCAGGCAGUGGGACUAGUUUAGUUGAGAUUAUGUUCAGCAUGGACUGGUUGCACUGAAGAGUUCUGUUUCUGUGCUGUAUCACAAUGACAGAUUUUUACUUAAUGACUAUUUUGCAAUUUGUUUAUUUCCAUGUGUUUUUAAAAAUGGGAUAGAAAAAUCAUGUGUUAUUAUGACAUUUUCUCAAGUUGACUAUUAUACGGAAUGUUGUCUUUUUAAUUCCAAAAUAUCCAGCUUUUCAAUUUUUGUGAAGGCUGUAUUUCUGUAAAACAGGAGAGACUGUGGAUCUGUGUGCUAUAUACAGGAUGGGACCACAGGAAGGAAUUACUGGUCCAAGCUGGAGGAGCUGUUUCCCAUCAGAUUUACAAUCUGCACAAGUCUGAGCUCUGAGCCUUCUGACUAGAACUUUGUGCAGAACAUGGUGUUGCUUUAUGUCUCACACUCAGUAUGCCUUCAGGUCACGUUGUACGAUAAAGCGAUGAUAUUAGGAGCUCAUUGGAACCUUUGCUGGUAUCUGAGUGUUUGGAUUUGUAUUGCUAACUCAGUGUUUGCCCAUUGCACAGUGUUGGUAGUUCUCUAUCUGCCCUCUCACCGUCAUUUCUUUCAAUCUGAACUGGUAAACAUUGUGUCCAACAUUAUGUUACAUACAAGCAUUGCAUUCUUCUGGCACAAGUGUCUGGGAUAACUCUAAGCUAUUACGUUACAUUAAGAGCAGCAUGCUUCCAGUAGAGUCCCAUACUUCAAGUGGGCUUGGGGUAAGAUGGAGUCUGAAACCUUUAUACCCUUAGGUCACAUGCUAUGAUGUAGUAAUAUCAUGCGUUUCUCUUAAAGGCACACUGACCGUGAUAUACGACACAAGUGGAUUCCUUCAAAAUACUGAUUUUAGGGGAGGGGGUUGGGGAGGGAGAACAUGUGUGGAAUGGUGUGGUAUCAAAAAGGAAGUCAUCCAAUUUCAUCCCAGUCAGUGCUGGCUUGCUGAUCUUAAAUAGGAACAAUUCAUUCGACCUCGAAUCGGGAUGAUAAGCUGGUCUGCUGUCCCCCCCAGCCUUCACUGCAGUCCAGUAACACUAGGUGAGCCAAUAUCAAAGGUUCACAUGGAAGCAGAUUGAGUAAUGUGGCACAGAAUGUGUUUUCUGCUUUGAAAAAGGCAGCAGGUAAAUUGGACAGUGAAGAGGCAUAUUGGGAUGCGAGGAUUCCUGAGAGGCCAGUUGCCAGAAUGGUGGCAUGCAGAAGGGAUUUUAAUUACAACCUCUGGUUGGAGAAGCUGAGGCUGUUAUCCCUGGAACAAAAGUGAUUGAGGGGAGAUUCAUUCGAGGCAUCCAUCAUUAUAUAAGGGAGACAAAGAGAGGCUGAUGGUACAAGGACUAGGGGGACAUAGGUUUAAGGUUAUGGGCAAUGUGUAUGCGGGAUAAGGGCGAGCAAAUAAGAACACAGUGUCCUGUGCAGUAAGUGCUCAUGGCCUGGGAUCACACUGCCUGAGAGUGUGGUGGAAGUGGACUCAAUGCAUUAUUUCACUAGUAAAUUGGGAUGUGCGUUUGAGGGAAAUGAAGUGGCAGGGGUCAUGCUAUAGGCCAGGAGAAUGGAGCUGCAGCAUGGAUUCCUUUCUGCUGCAUUAGCUCGGUGAUCUUAAUUAACAAUCACACAACACCAGGUUUAAAGCCCAACAGCUUUAUUUGGAAGUGUUAGCUUUCAGAGCGCUGCUCCUUCAUCCAGUAACUAGUUACCAGAUGGGAGAG